AAACGUCAAACUCGAUAGGCAACUGCGAAAGGCACACGAAUCUUUUUUGAGUAAAUUUUACUUUAUUUCGUGAAUAUUUUUCAACCAACACCGCUCAUUACUGCUGUUAAAUGACCUCAGCGACUCCCCAGGGAGCAAACCUGCUCUAUGGAUUGAGAAAGUCCAACAAAUUCACCAAAGGAUUGGGUGCCCUCCUGCCGCAGGCGUAUAGGAAGUUUUGGAAUGAGUGGAAACACCAACAGCCCGCUGCGGUCCAUUACGUGCCGAAAGAUGGAAUGUUCCAACGGGAAGAUAUCACCGGGCUUGUGUCACCGGUCCAGAACGUACCGCUUCCGCUAAUCGACCCACCGGAAGCGCAUACGGGCAUCUGGGGAGGAGAGGCCGUUAUCAAGGGCUUCCAAAAGCGCAACCAGUACAAACGGCGCGUGCCACACUUCUGGGUGCCGGUACUGCGUCGCUCGGUCGUUCACAGCCGGGUGCUCAACGAGUACAUGGCCGUCACGGUGACCGAUAGGACGUUAGCGCAAAUUCACGACCACCAUGGGUUCGAUCACUACCUACUGAAAACUCCCGCCUGCGAUCUCCGAUCUAUGCUGGCCAUUAAGCUGAAGAAAAAAGUGCUCGAAGAGCUAGCGGCCGGUUGCCCACGGCUUGCGGAGGAACCGGCCAAGCAGCAGGAGUACCUGAAAGAGUUCGCCUGCUACCUGGAGCAGUACACACCGGAGGAGAUCGAAUGGUACGGGCUGACGUACACCGAAGCGUUGAUGAAGAUGAAAUCGCUCACCGACGAUAAGGACGCUCAGUUGCCGCAAAAGCUUUUGUUUCGUCAAAAAUUGAUCGACCAGCUGAAGGAGGCCGGCAUACGGGAGGCACAGGACGGGGCGGGUGGCGAAAGUGAUGAGCUGAAAAGACUGGAAGAUCCUUCCGCGUCGUCAUGGCUGUCGAAGCUAAGCUUCAAGCCGAAAAAUUGGUAGAUCGUGCCCUGAUCGUUGUGUGUAGCAAAAGGUUUGACAAAAUCUAUCACGCGAAACCGAUAGUCACUGCCUGGGGGCGUACGCGUCACACAGGAAAUAUAAAUAAAACGCCUGUUAAAUAUUGAUCUUAACAAAAACCAAAAGAGAGAUGAACAAU